AUGGACGUAUACAAUCCGCUGCUCACGGAGUCUGGAGUCGAAGCGCAAGAUAAUUUCAAGCUAAACGUGAAGGAUCGUCGACCCAUUGUCUACGAUGUAUCCAUCCGCGUCGGAAUUGGUCUUCUUGGAGUCCUCGGAAUUGUUAUCGCGAUUUGGUGGACCGUCCUGGCUGUCUACAUCAUUCAGUGCUUCUGGAAAGAAUCGUUCUGGAAAGAUGCGUUUGGGGAUGGUAAAUCAGACCCGGAUGCAACACCUGAAACCCCAUCAAAGCUGGAAGGCGUGGUGGCAUUCGGGGGGAAAGGUCUCCUCUCUUUGUUCGUUGUAGCAAUUGGCAUAGUGCCAGGGGUUGCGGGCUACUAG